GUGCAGGGAGAAGACACAGGUACAGAUGUACAUUAGAGUUGAGGUUAGAAGUAGAAGUUACUGUAUUUGAUCACAAGUGUGUUAAGAUGUCAGAGGGAGUCUAUGAAAUCCCAGAUAGAUUUAAUGAUGAUGAGCCUGGUGCAAUGAAGAACACAGACAUUGACGGCCAAUUAUAUAACAACAUAAGAGCCUUCAAGUCCAGUCCAAGAGAUGGAGUUGUUGCUUCAGAGCCUGAUAGCUCAGGGAAGAGACCCUUCCUAGUUGCUGCAGUGUUUCUGGGGCUGCUGUGUGUUCUACUGGCUGGGAUCAUAGGCCUGUCUGUCUACUAUAACAGAGUCAUCAAAGAUUCUGAGGAUAAAAGGAACAACUUGUCCCAGAGUUUCUCCCUUUAUAAAAUCAACACAACUUCAGAGAGAGACCAGCUACAGACCAGAUACAACAACCUGACUGAAGAGAGAGACCAGCUACAGACCAGAUACAACAACCUGACUAAAGAGAAAGGCCAUAUUCAAGCCAAGCUUUUUGUGAUAGAGCAGCAUUGUCAGGAGGGAUGGAGAUACUCUGACUCCAGUUUGUACUUCCUGUCUACUGAGAAGAAAACCUGGGAGGAGAGCAGACAGGACUGUCUGGAGAGAGGAGCAGAUCUGGUGAUCAUAAACAGCAGAGAGGAACAGACAUUUGUCUUCAACUUCCACCUGAGAGCCUGGAUUGGUCUGACUGACUCUGUUACUGAGGGGAUCUGGAAGUGGGUGGACGGCACAACACUGACCACAGGGUACUGGUGGACAGGACAGCCUGAUAAUUAUAGGCAGGAGGACUGUGCUGAGAUAUACUUUAGUAAAGGUGACCCUGUAACAACAUGGAAUGAUGACAAUUGUGGCGCAAAUAACAGCUGGAUCUGUGAGAAAGUGGUGUAACAAUCCCUCUCGCUCUCUCUCUCUCUCAUAUACAGUAUAUAUAUAUAUAUAUAUAUAUAUAUAUAUAUAUAUAUAUAUAUAUAUAUAUAUAUUGCUUGUUGGAUACAGUGCUGAAUGGUUAAGUGAUGAUUCCACCUGGUGGUUAAAGUGAGGGAUGAACUCACCAAAAAGUUUUAUUACAGAGUUGCCUACGGCUCUUUUUCAAUGAGACCUUCCCCAAUUCCUCCUCACAUCCUCUCUCUUUGACUCCUUCUCCAAACACAUUGGAGAAUAGAAUCCUAGGGGAGGGACCUUGGACCUUCUCCUCUAAUAGGGUUGAGAAGGAGGGGAGGAGAUAGGAGGAGAAGAGACAAGAGGAGAGGAAUCUAGGCUAAUUGAGAUAGAGCCUUAGUGUCAGAGAGAGACAGAGGAGGAAGAAGAAAAUUAAGAGAAUGAGGAAGAGAAAUGGUGAUUGUUGUGUUUAGAUUUAGAGGAGAAUAUGUAGACAUACUGUACUCUGUAAAAUGUUUCUUCCUUAUUUGUAUUAGAAACAUAUCAUGUGAUUUGCCGUAGGCUUCUGCUUAGUAAAAAAAAAGAAAAGUGGGACCAAUUAUUAACCAAUGAUUAUCACUUUAAUAAUAAGUAUAACAAAGUCACAGAUUAAUAAAUAAAGGAACAAUGUUCUUUAACAAGGUC